AUCCAUGGAAAAUAGCUGCGAAGCAAAACAGGCGCCAAGGAACGUGGGUAUGCAACUGGCCUCUAUUAUCGCCACUUGGGUUCUCCCAAAAUCCACAAAAUUUUCUCCUUUUUUUCUUUCCCAGUAGAAUUCUUUCGCCCGCCAUCCACGCCCCUUCCGCCAUUUCUUAAUUUCUUCCCCGUUUCCCUCUCCUUUCCCCUGCACAGAUCUCGGUCUUCUGUCUUUCCUCCUUCCAGAAUUCGCUCUCUCGUGCAGAUCUUGCAUUGGCUCUCUCUGGAUUCGUUUCUGUUUCUGGGGCGGCUCUUUUGAUUUUUUACUGGACCCCCAUCUGGCCCGAUUGCCGUGAUACCCACUUAAGGAUCCUCACUCGUCGGGUCAGGGUUUCAAAAGCUUGAUUAAGAACAGGGGGUGACCAUUUGGUGUUUCAUUAGCCAUAUUCAAUUUGAAGAUAUGCAGAAGCCUCAAGAUCAACGGUCAAGGUCUAGCAAACCCAGCACCAUUCAUAGCUAUGCUCAGUAUGGGGACGUUCUUGGCCUUCAAAAGCUGCUCCGGGAAAAUCCCAGUCUUCUUAACGAUAGAAAUCCUUUUAUGGGACAGACACCACUUCAUGUUUCUGCAGGCUAUAACCGGGCUGAGAUAGUUAAAUUUCUUCUUGCCUGGCAAGGUCCAGAAAAGGUUGAGUUGGAAGCCAAAAACAUGUAUGGGGAGACUCCCUUGCACAUGGCAGCAAAAAAUGGGUGCAAUGAUGCAGCACGGGUGCUACUCGCUCAUGGCGCUUUUCUUGAAGCCAAAGCCAAUAAUGGGAUGACACCAUUACACCUCGCUGUUUGGUAUUCGCUCCAAGCUGAAAACUGUGACACUGUCAAGACAUUGCUUGAAUAUAAUGCCGAUUGUAGUGCGAUGGAUGAUGAGGGUAUGACUCCGCUAAACCAUCUGUCCCAAGGCCCAUGUAGUGAAAAGUUGAGGGAAUUGUUGAACCAGCAUUUAGAAGAGCAGAGAAAGCGAAAAGCAAUCGAGGCAUGCAGUGAAACUAAAGCGAAAAUGAAAGAACUCGAAAAUGAGCUCUCACAUAUCGUGGGUCUGCAUGAGCUCAAGAUUCAACUUCAGAAAUGGGCUAAGGGAAUGCUUUUAGAUGAGAGACGCAGGGCCUUAGGCCUCAAAGUUGGCGCCAGGAGGCCCCCUCAUAUGGCAUUUCUUGGAAAUCCUGGAACAGGUAAGACUAUGAUAGCUCGAAUACUUGGAAAAUUGCUUCACAUGGUUGGCAUCCUGCCGACCGAUAAGGUAACAGAAGUACAGAGAACAGAUUUGGUUGGCGAAUUUGUUGGUCAUACUGGUCCGAAAACCCGAAGGAAGAUCAAAGAAGCAGAGGGCGGAAUUCUUUUCGUUGAUGAAGCCUAUCGACUGAUCCCAAUGCAGAAAGCAGACGAUAAGGAUUAUGGUUUGGAAGCACUGGAAGAGAUCAUGUCUGUCAUGGACAGUGGGAAAAUUAUAGUCAUAUUUGCUGGUUACAGGGAACCGAUGAAGCGUGUAAUAGCUUCAAACGAAGGAUUUCAGCGACGGGUAACCAAAUUUUUUCAUUUCAACGAUUUUAGUCCGGAAGAGUUGGCAAAGAUUCUCCAUAUCAAGAUGGACAACCAAACAGAGGAAAGCUUGUUAUAUGGCUUUAAGUUGCAUCCUUCUUGCACCACGGAAGCCAUUUCAGAGCUGAUAGAGAGAGAAACUCAAGAAAAGCGCCGUAAGGAGAUGAACGGCGGUUUAGUCGAUCCAAUGCUCGUAAACGCGAGAGAGAACUUGGAUGGUAGGCUGAGUUUUGACUGUAUAGACACAGAAGAACUCUGUACUAUUACAAUGGAUGAUUUAGAAGCAGGCCUUCGUUCGCUAACACAGUGAUACUUGGUUGGUACAUUGAAAAAUAUUCAAUUUCAGAUGCUGUUACAGCCAUUCUUUGUGCGGUGAUGGGGGCUGAGAUUUGGAGCUGUAGGCCUCUCUGAUAUUAUCCUGCUGGGAGAUCUAAGUGUUUUUGUAUUCUCUUUGUAAUUCAACGAUUUUUGAUGCUUUUGUAUGUUCUGAUUCAUUUUCUUGCCCAUUCUUUUGA